AUAGCCAGGAGUCACCUCUAUUUACCUGUAAAAUAUCGCUUUUCUCAGAUAAAAAUUGAGCGAACUACAGGAGAAAUACGACGAAAUUUUGAGGAGCUGACCAUAAUUACCCCAAGGCACUCUAUAAAGUAGUUUCUAUGAAUCUAAACUAAGCAUGCAGAAACAGAAUAAAAGAGAUAACCAAGAACUGCCUAGUAAUUUAUUUUUUUUUGCCCUAAUUUUUACUCGCUAAAAAAUGGAUUUUAGUGGAUGUUCACGAAGUUUUCUGGAAGCCCCACAAAAAUAAAAACUCAAAAUUUCAAAUUUUUUUUUCAUGUUUUGGUCCGUUUUUAUCCUCUUAUAGGUUUUCGACGUUGCUGAAUCCAACGGGCAUAUGCAUGCACAUGUGUCGCAUAUACGGGUACCUGUGCAUGCAUUUUUUUCGGAUGCCCAUACUCUUAUUUCUAACAAAAGUAGGCUUUCGUUUGUUCUUAUAGUCGAAAUAAACAAAACAGUGCCAAAAAAACGUGAUGCUUUUUUAACGACAUGUAUAAUUAAGCUGUAGGCAUGAGAAACAACAUAAAACCGUAGUAAGCAUGCAUAAUAGCAACGCAAUUGAGUUUUGGUGGAAAUGUAUACAUCAUAUACUUUAUAGGUAAAAGAAUGGUAUUGUGAAGAAAGCGUUCGCAUACACAUACGUAUAUGUAACAUAUGCGCGAGCAUAUGUACAUCAGAAUCUGCAUGGUCGAAAACCUGUACAGAGCUUUACCAAACUCUUAAACAUCAAAACAGAUCAAAGGAAAAGUAAUUUUCAGAAGAAAAAAAGUAUUUUGCGUUUUUCUCGAAACGUGUUUUUCGCGUGGCGGAACUCACCGUCAGGCAAAUUUCUCCGUAACAAAAAGUCAGAAUGGAUCAGUUCUUUUUUUAAAUUGAAGUUAAGACAUAUGGAAACAACGUAACAGAAAACGAUUUUGGAUUUUAGGCCUUCAUUCUUUUACGGUGUUGGAAGUUAUACACCAAUUUUUGCUCUUUUUUCGAACUUUUGAGGUGAAAUCCUUCGGAAAAUUACAGUGUGUAAAUGGAAAAUGAGAAAUUUUGAUUUUGAUUUUUGGUUCUUUUUCUGGCUAAUAUUUAUUAAUAUUGGUUUAUGAAAUAAACCAAUAAGAAUAAAAAUAAAACAAUUCAAAGAUGUGCCGUUUUUCAUUUUAAAAGUGCCUAAUAGAAUUAUACAAUUCUAAAAUGUCUCAAGAACAUCUGUAAAAAAGGACCUACUUUGUACUUCAAAAAAAUGUUUGAAACCAUUAAAACUCUAAAGAUUUAAGGAAAUCCUUUAAACUAAUCAAAAGAAAAGACAUCGAUAUUCAUUUUUACAAUUAUUAUUGAAACAUCCAUGUUGUAUUGAACAAUUCGAAUAUGUCGCAGUCUGAUUCUAAACUGGCUCAGACUAACUUGACAUUCUCGAUUGGAUGAGGUCAAUCGGGAAUUGAUCUAGCUAUUUUAUAAUCGAGAGAUGAGGCAUCUCUACUUGUUCUAGGCAACUCAGAAUUCCAAGACGAUCAACAAAUAUGAACCAACAAAGUUGGCCAAGGUCCCUAUGAUUCCGCCGCCUCUGCAUAAUGCGUAAAGACAUGUGAUAACCCUUGGACAACAAAGUUUAAUUCACAACUAAUUUCAAAAUGUUUUGAGAAAGAUAAAUGCAACUUUCAAAUCGAAACUACGAUCGAACUAAAAGGUAACAUGUGUUUCCAAGCAUAAAAAAGGAAUUUUAACAGUUUUUAGCACUUUGCAUCGAAAAUAAAACCAGAAAUAUCGGUUCAUUUGCGGCAGAACGAAGAUUACAUCGAACUUACACGAAGAUGCCGCAAACUUUUCUUAACCCUCAUUUCACCACCUGGGGUCCGAGCGGACCUCAGAUCGAAUAUUAUGCUUCUCUUUCCUCAACAGUGAUAGAUCAACUCCUCAUCUUCUGGAUAUGCGCUAACGAAAGUUAGACGGAUAUAUCGAUUAUAUUAGUGUCUUCGAUUCUGACAUCGUCAAUAUGAUAAAAGACCUAGAAGUACGCACCAACGUGUUUUCAUCAUUUGGGGUGCCCUCGGACCCUAGAGAGUAGAAUUAAUUACACUUUUUUAUUGUUAAGAUAUCGUUUCAAUUCAGCAUACAUUCGCCCAGCUCUAGAGAAUAUUCUAGAAGGUUCUAUCUUAUGUUAUAAGUUUCUGAAAUUGAAUUGAACUUAACCUUUGUGUCAUUAUAUUAGAAUGUUCUGGAAUAUUUCCUAUCAUUCUGAAUGUAUAGUUGAGCUAUAUAAGGGCAGUUGAAAUCGCCGAAUAAUUUUCAAUUUGAAUCCAAAUUAGUCUUACACAUUUUCACUCAACAUAACAAUUCCCAACGUAAUCCUUGUUGCAUUUGAACAAGUUGAGAAUUCGAGCAACGGGUUCAAAGAGAAGCUUUAAUGAUUAUUACGACAAAAACUCAGAUGACGAUCGUUCACUUCUCGACGAUAAUUCUGGCGACGAUGACACUGAUGUAGAAGAUUCGGAACUGCCGGACGGACUGAAAACCGGCUCGGAGAACUCUGAAACCGGUGCAACGGAUGAAGAUGAUUGGCAAGAAGAAACUGAUGUCAGUUCGGUGGAAAGCGAAAGCAACAGUGGUGGUGAUCAAGAACCGCCAAGACGUCGUUCGAAGGUCGAUCAGCGAUCAGAGUCGGAAGUAUUUUUGUCAAAAUCUGGUCGACUCAAACAUUUCAUAUCCGUUGAAAGGUGA